UUCUUCCCAGAAAAAAUGUCGGACAAAGAAGAGGCGUCAGGAGAGGGUUGCCAGAGAAAAAAGGUCGCAGCGCCUCUGCAGAAAGAUUGGAGCCAGUCCCCUUGGAGGGAAGGACAACUUCAAACCGUUGCCGUUGAGGAGCCUCUUCCUUCUCCAGAGCUCUCUGGAUCUGCUAGCGGUGCCACACAAGGAAAGGCACACCUUCUGCCCUCGGCUUCUUUUAAGGAGCCGCUCCUGGAUGGAUGGGAUCAACCAAUCGAUGAUGUUUCUGAGGCACAGCCGGAGAAGCAAAAUGAAAGCUUGCCUGUUCUCCCAGUUUCUUCUGUAAAACCUCAGCCUGCUGAAAAUGAAGUUUCCCACACACAACGCUGUGCCGCUAUUACCAGCGAUAUUUGUGAAAUGCUUAUUGGAGAAGACGUGCGGUACCAAGGCUGUAUGAGCAGUGUGGCAGCAUUCAUACUGGAGAGAGAGGUUGCCAACAGCCCAAGCUCCUACAAGGAGACCUACGAGCUGGUUGCCCUGGGAACAGGAGAUGUAUGCUACGAAGGCUGGAUGGAGUUCAAAGGCAGGAGAAUCCACGAUAUGCAUGGGCUAGUGGUUGCCCGCAGAGCACUUCUGAGGUACUUCUACAAGCAGCUACUGAUGUUCUGCUGCCAAGACCCCACCACCCUUGAGAAGUGCAUCUUCCGCCUGGCAGAGGACGGGGUGCAUCUGACUCUGAAACCAAAUUACUUUCUGCAUCUCUACCUGAGUCGGAGGCCCAAAGGAGCUUCAGAGAACACCCGGAUUGUGUCUCCACAGCCGAAUCCAUCCAUUGGGCUGCACAUCAGCGUUAAAGGGGUGCUCAGGCCCAUCUCUUACUGCCGCCCCAGCGCGCUGUCUGCCUACGUCUACUGUGUCUCCAGCAGCGACAAGCUGACCCGCUGGAGUGCCUUGGGAGUGCAAGGGGCCCUUCUCAGCCACAUCAUCCACCCUGUGUACAUCACCAGCAUUGUCCUAGCUGAUCCUUACCAAGACCAUGACACCCUCCAUAAGGUCAUCAAUGAGCGACUGAACCUGGCAACCUGGGAUCGCUUGCCAAAGCCAUUUAACCACAGACAGAUAUACCUUUUUAAGGGUCCCUGUGUCGCUUCCCUUGACACGCCAGCAGAGUUUCGCUCCUUGAGCUUCAACUGGUGUGGGGGAGACGAGAUGCUGGAACUAGUGAAUGCAGCUGUCGGGAAGGCAGUACAGGACAUGGCAAAUCCACAUGACCAGUACCGCCCAAGUCGGCUCUGCAAGGCUGCCAUGCUGAAAUCCUUCAGGAAGGUGGCUCAGGAGAUGAAGAGAGACGACUUGGUGCUGCUGCCCACAUAUUACGAAGCCAAGGUCAAAGCUGAGGUCUAUCAGACAGCCAAGCGCCAGGUGUAUGCCCAGCUGAGCUCGCAAGACUUUGGCAAGUGGCCCCAAAAGAAGUUGGUGGACAUCUUCCCCAGUUAGAGUGCCCUGCCGGCUAAGCUACUGCCUGCAUACUGAAGACAUUUCUGGCUUAAGGUGGAUGCAUGGGUGGUUGUGCACAAGGCUGGUAAACCUUCAGCUAGCAAAUGGAGAGCUCUAAACGUUGCUGUACUUUUGGGGUGGAUGGGGCUAUAAAUGUUUAAAUACAUCGUUUUGCUGUGAUGCCGUUUUCACAGCGGUCCUUUCCUACGGUGGAAUAGGAAAGUCGGGUGUGUAACUGAGGCUGAAAGUUCUGACAACAUUUACUUAGAAUUCUACUUGUUCUUUGUACCUCCUUUGGGGCUGUGUCCAAACACAGCCACAAACUACGGCGAUUAUUAGGGGAAUGAGGCACAGAGAGCCCCAAGCUCUCCCACUCCCCUGCCUCUCCUCUGGGAUGGGUAAUAAAACAGGCUUGUUUCAACACAGACCAUAGUUAAGGUUAACCUUGGUUUAGGAUUUGCACAUAAUGACAGGCUGUGGUUAAUCAAAAAAGGAAGUGAAAUCUU